AUGCGGAGUGUGAACCUUUUUGAAACGCUGGUAAUGAAACGGAAACACACCGUGCUCAAUCAAGGCACAGCGUCAAAGCGUCCCGGCCGACAGCGAAAGAUAUCGAACCGAAAACGAUUUGUAACGCUGGGCAAAGAGAUUGCCGUGAUGCGUAAAUCAAAUCGCUUUGUGGACGAGCGAACGAACAAUAAACAUGUGGGAAAAAAGGCCCAGACAAAACUAAUGUAUAACCUCAAUCUAACGCACCGUGGACAAACGCUAUAUGAUAUUGAAAACCUUAACCAUGUGCCUGAUGGCGUCGAUGGUGAGGAUGAAGACAGAAUGUUGCAAGAUUCCUUUAUCACCGAAACCAAUUUUGGUGGUGGAUCAGCGGAUAAUGAAGGAACUGGAAAGGAUCGGAAGACAGUAAUUGAAGAGAUGAUAGCACAUAGUAAGCGACAAAAUGCCAAACGGCAGCAGGAAAAUGAUGAGUUGUACGAGAUGCGACAAAAGCUCGACGAAGAGUCAAAACAUCUGAUGCCACGGAUUGAUGCACACAUCGGGCAGGAUAUGGAAGUGAACAAGCAGGAUGGAUACGAUAGAGUUUUGCGUGAAAUGGUCUUUAAACCACAUGGUUCACCAACGGACAAGCGCAAAUGUUGCGAUGCGAAAAAAGAAGCAGAGAAAGGACAGAAGAUAGAUUCGGAUCCAUGCAAGAAUAUUGAUGUUCCAAAAGCGUAUAACCAAUUUCUCGAGCUGAUGGAUAGUAGAGAUGCAGCGGAUGGUCGUAUAGGAUUAGUAAUCGAUAUCAUUCAUACGCUGAAUAUGAGCAAUAAUCCGCACGGAUCAUACUGGUCGGUGCUAUUCGCGUACCUCCUGAAGUACGUAGACGACCGUUUCACACAGGCAACUGAUUCCUCCAUUACGGUUGAGUUUCAAACGACGCAUCGUCUAACUCCACUACUUCAUGACAUCGCUAAACGUGAUGCUUCGGGCAUCGGGAAGCUAUACCUGGAUCUGUUGCAAGAAAAGUACGCCGAGUUUAAGACACACCCGCAGCGCUAUCCGGGCAUGGGAACCUUGAUAGUACUUAAACUUGUUCCAGUACUAUUUUCCUCUACCAUUCGCAACCGUUCCAUCGUUACUUCGGUGUUAGUUUUUAUUGGAGAAAUACUUACACGUUGUCCGGUCCAUAAUCGAAGUGACAUUAGUCGUGGGUUAUUUCUCGUAACAACCGUGCUGGAGUGUGUUGAACAAACCAAAGGAUUUUUUCCAUCAGCUGUUGUCUUUUUAUUGGGAGUCCUUGGACAAGCUUGUCCGGAAGGAUCACAAUCACCUGCCACAUCCGUUGGACAACCGUUUAAAGGAACUUCUACUUUGGUGUUUCCUACCGGAUCAAAAGACUUCGACGAUACCAGCGACGGGAUGCAGCUAUCCGAACACGAUCUUCUUUCGGUGGACAUAUGUCCCUCGUUUAAGAUGCGUGCUAUUGCCUGUACCAUUUCAUUGGUAACGGCCUUAUGCACACAGCUUGAGCAUAUUGAGGCAAUACCCAUCCUCGCCGGAAACUUCUUGCAACUGUUGCUCAUUCUACAGAAGUCGCCAUAUCUAAAGCCGAUGCAGGAAGUGUUGCAAAGGGCCAAGCAAACGAUAUCCAAACUCUCGUGCCAAUCUCUACCGUAUUUGGUAAAGGUUGUUAAGAAACCCAAACUGUUCCCGUUAUUAGAACCGGAGAUUGAACCAGCGUACGGAGAAGCUGCUCGGCGACGGUUGAACGUGGCAGCACCGUUGCGUGUUCAACGCCGUAAGCUGCAGCAAAAGGUGAAGAAGGUGACCCGAGCUGCGAAACGUGAAAUUCGUCUCGACAAUGAAUAUAUUGCAAAGCUUCGACAUAAAGUGCGUACAGAGAGCGAUCGAGAACGGUCGCAAAAGGUACGUCAAAUCUUUUCCUACAUUUCGUCCCAACAAGACGAACUAAACGCGUUCGAACGAAUGAAAAGGCAUAAGAAAUAG